AUUUUUCUUAGAAAAAUAUUGAAAAAGGAUAGUUAACUGAGUUCAAGUAGAAAAAGGUAGGGGGUUAUGUGGAUCGAUGAAAAGUUGAUACUUUUAACCAAUUCACAAGCAUACGUUCUCCGAUCCCGUUAGGCAAGAUAUCGUUGGUAUGAACCAAUAGCCGUCAAGUGGCACGAGGUAAUCAACUGUAACCGAAUGUAAUAGUAGCAAGAAUCUCAGAAGCUACGUCUUGAAUUUUAGCGUAUACUAUAGCGUAUAGUUCAACGAUAGGACAUAGGCAUCAUCAUUAUCAUCACUGUAACGUUUGCGUACGGGUCGAUAGUAUUAAAUUUAGAAUCGGCUAUUUUGUGAUCACAUAGUAAAAUUGGUUAUUUUGGUUUUGGAUCUUUACGUCGUUCUCCUCAUUUGGAUCAAUUCUCACGCUAUGGUUUCCAUCCACGUAUUCAUCGAAAUCUGCUUUGCAUUGAUUCUAUUUAGGAAUGUCGACUCUGCAUUACCUCCAUAUAUAAAAGUAUGUAAAAAACAUGAUCCUAAUAUAAACGAAUGUGUAAUGAAUUCGAUCGAGAAUCUUCGUGAGAAAUUGGCUGAAGGAAUUCCUGAACUCGAUACACCGGCUAUCGAACCAUUAAAAUUAAGUCAAAUUCGUUUAUUGAGAGGACCAACUGGCGCUAGGCUCGAUAUCAAUCUUACUGACAUUCAGGUGAACGGACCGUCGACGUUUAAAAUACGUGAUCUCAAGGUGAACACCGAUGACGUAAUUUUCACUUUCAAGGUCAGCUUUGAAAAGCUAAAUUUUCAAGGAAAAUAUCAAAUAGAUGCUACGUUGCUUUUACUCAAGCUUACUGGAGAGGGUGAACUCGUUGGCAAUUUUACUGGAUAUGAUUCCGACAUUGUCUUGAAAGCACAGAAAAUUUAUAGAGACAAUAAAGUUUAUUUACAUUUCGAGAAAAUGAAAUUAAACAUUCAAAUUGGUGGUGCUAAUCUUUAUCUAAACAAUUUAUUUGCUGGCGAUCCAGUUCUAGGACCAGCCAGUAACAAGAUAAUAAAUGCUAAUAGCGCAUUAUUAAUAGAAGAAAUUAAACCAGUGAUGGAAUCAUCGUUAGCUGAUCUUUUUACCAAUGUUUCAAAUAAAAUUGUGAAAACCUUUACGUACGACGAACUAUUCCCAGAGAAUUGAACGAAAUCUAGACAAAUUAGAAUCCUUUUUUCUCAAAUUCAUCUAAUUAAUUUUAAUUCAUUAAUUAACGACAGCACACUUCACGUUUUUCAAUGAUACGUGCCGAUACAAACGGUAUAUAAUACUCGUAAAAGAUGAAACAAUAAAACAAACAAACAAACAAACAAACAAAAAAAAAAAGAAAAGAAAAAAGGAGAAAGAAAAUAAAAUCAAAAUAAAAUAUAUAGAUAUAUGUAUAUAUAUAUAUAUAUAUAUCUUCUAAUCGUACUUAUUAGAAGAAUUAUAAAGAAAUAAAAGAUUAGGGCACCAGUUCAGCUUUCGUAAGAACACCGAGUGCUCGAGCUGCUAAUGCUCUGCUAAUCGUUGCAGCUGUGUCCUCGAUGAUAGGACUUGCUAUGUCAAGAACUAAUCGUGGAUUAGAAUUGAAGAACGUUGCUGCUGCGUCAGCUAAAAUAAUAAUAAAAAUAUUACGUGACCAAUAUAUAUGUAUAUAUGUAUAUAUAUAUGCCUAUACGUACAUAUGUAAUAGAACGAAAAAAAAAGAAAAAAAAAAAAAAAAAAAAAAUAAAUUAAAUAUAACUUUUCUAAUCACCAGCUACAGUAUGAGAAGGCGGUGCCUUCAAUUUAAUAUUUCCACUGCCAACACGAAUUUUUGUAUCUAAUUUAUCGAUCUCUAGCCUCUGUAUGCCAUCCUUGUCGGUAAUUUCUUUCCCUUGUGCAUUAACUUUUGCCUCAGUAUUAGCUAAAAAAAAAAAAAAAAAAAAAAAAAAAGAUAUAAAACAAUAAAUAAAUAAAUAAAUAAAUAAAUAUAUAUAUAUAUAUAUAUAUUUAAUAAUAAAUUGUGAACUCACUGAAAUUUCCUUUGAAACUGCCAGCACCGUUGAGUGGUAACAAUAAAAGUCUACCAUGAACAUCGUAAUCACCUUUAACAUGAACAUGAGGUAAUUGUACUUUUAUAGAUACUGUUAGAUCAUUGGGAUUUGCAUUUAGUUCCUCGACUAAGAAAUUUGUAGCACCGUAAACACGUAUCUGACUCAUGUUCGCUUUUAUUUUAAGUGCUUCUAAGUUUCUAUCGACUGUUAGGGAUGGUAAAAGUAGCGGAUCCAAUGGUGGUAAUUUCAACGAUGGUAUACCCUUUGCCAAAUAAGGUGUUAUGGUUUCCAAUUGUUUCAGUACACAUUUGUCAUAAGUUGGAAGAUCGCUUGUUCGUGGACAAGCUGUUACACCUGGGGCUAAAACAAGAAA